UGAUUGCGUUUUCGAAUGUUGCAUUCCGUGGCAAUAACAUAUUAAAUGUGAAAGAUCCUCGAUCAAAAGAUCCUGAACAGUGAGAUAUUCGAAGUACUUAAUACUCCCCCGCCUGAGAUGCCAAGAUGAGCAGCGCUUUGAACGCCAAGGAGUUACUUAUACGCGCCGUGGAAUGCGACCAAGUUGGACGGAUCUUGGAGGCGCAAACGCUGUACACAGAGGGGAUCGGGCAGUUGAUGCAGUUCGUCAACGGGGAACCGGAUGAAGCCAAACGGAAGGGGUUCCUGACCAGGAUCAAGGAGUACAUGGAUCGGGCUGACGCAAUUAAGGCGCGGAUCAAUGGCAAACUAAUGCUCGGCGAGGUGGUUUCCCACGUUUCCAUCGACGAGAAUGAUACGGGCUUCGACUACGAUCAGCUCUUCGGGAAAUACAUGGACGACAAGACCGUCGAGAUCAUGCUGGAGGAACCCUACAUGACGCAGAACUAUCAGUAUCAAAAUCUAAUAAGAUUCUUGGAGCUAGCUGCCACAAAUUGCCCAAACCUAAAGUAUUUUCGACUGAUCACCAAAGAGUACAAGGAUGCAAAGAAUCCAGAUCAGCAGGAAACAAAUCUUGGACAGAUCAAGGGUGACUUGGAGCGGCGGAACGUGACUGUCUACAUAAAAUACGAAGACUCUCUGCACGAUCGAAAAAUUUACUUAAGCAAUGGCUACAUAAUUAAGAUUGGGCGAGGUCUGCACUUCUACAAGCCCGCCAAUCCGAUGUAUUCCAUUGGCCUGGUCAACUACAAAUUCCGAAAAUGCCUCCAAACGGAUGUGGAUAUAUGGCGCAACUCAAGCGCUGCAUCGUGAAAAGGCAGACAAUAUUGUUUAGUUUUAAGAAAUGCAACUUCAUUUAGACUGGCUCUUGCCAAUUUUAUAAAGAUUUCAUUCAAUUUCUACAAAAACGAGCUGCGAGUGUGUUGCAGUCACCCACAAUUGCAGAUUUUGGCCGGCUAUAAAUCUGCAGACGCCACGAAGACACCGAAACUAAUAUAUGGACGUGGCCAAAGGGGCGUUCUCCUUCAUCCUCCGUCCGCCGUCCUCUGUGCUCUCUGCUGGCUCCGACGAUGCCCUGCCAGAAAAUGUUUAAAAUUCAUAACUUUCACGCCACUUGCGGAUGCGGAGGCAGCUGCACAGCUGGCGGCCCGUCCUGGCUGCUGUUUUGAAUGCCUCUCGCCACUGAGGCAGCCAGCGGGUGGCCACUGCAGUUGCAUAAAAGACAGAAGCGGAAGCUCAUGCUUUACCAGCUUCUGUCCGUGUCCUUAAAGCCAGGUCUGCAGCUCGACGGCGGUACAGUUGAGCCUCUGUAGGUGAAACAUUGACGCCAUUCUGGAAAGCAGCCACUCGAGUAUCGUCAGUUACUGAAAAGUAACUUUCAAAGUACGCACUUCAGCUAGAUCAUUUCUGUGCUCAUUACCUGAUUUUUGGAUAUAGUCCCAGCUCCAGUUGGGACCAAUGGAGUCGGCCUGUUCCUGUUCCUGUUCGUAAUGCCAGUGCCAGUAGACAUGUGCGUGGAUAAUUAGAACUGCGACACAGUUGGCUGCACAUCGCAAUCGGAAUUGGAGGCGAAGUCGGUGUGCCACCUUCUCAUCGUGUGUGGGGUAUAUUUUCAAUUUACUUGGUGCCAUGCCAGGGAUUUAUCAACAGAUGAAGGCAAUUGUUACGCAAAGGCCCGAAAUGCGGCGCGAUGAGCCGGCCUAAUAAAUUGCACCAGAGCUAAAAUGCUUUGCUCGCUUUUAAAUUUUAUGGCCCGUAAGAAGGCCUGGGAACAGCAGCAGUAGAAGAGCAAGAUGAGUCCCAACCACCCAGCAGGACCCACUGUAACCACCCCUAAUUUUGGGUUUAAGCACGUCUAGAGGUCGGAGCCUGCGGGCGACUAUGGCCAUGGCCAUGGGUAUGGGUAUGGCUAUGAGUAUACUCUAGAGUGGAGUGGAGUGGGGAUUCCAUUUGCCUAAGCUGGCUAUUCAUUCCCUGGAUAUUCUAAACAAGCAACAAGGAGAUGCUCGGGGCCCAGGAUGAACUUAUUGAACAAUUAGAUGGUUCACUUAUUUUAGAUAAAUCUAUGAACUAGAUGGAUCCCGGGGCCUCACCGGUGAAUGUUUGCCUACAAAUAAGCCACUAACUGACUGAACAACAGACCCGCACUAAGCUGAUUCCGGCUCAGGCUUCCCCUUGGCAAGCAACAGUUCCUCGAUGCCCAGCCAUGGUUAGGUCCAUGUCCAUAGGCCACUGGUCCACUGACUCCUUGGUCACAAGUGCACAAGCCUCUGGCGCUGCCUGCCAAUUUGUGAGCAAUGAAUGCAGCAGAGCUAGCGCAGGAAACUACAAUAUACAAUACAUAACCAUGGAAUUAGUUAUGGUCCUGGUCGACGGCACCAGCUUCAUCUUCGUCCUGCUCGAGUGCGAGGAUACAAAGGGCCCACCACCCAACACUUCACCCCAUUACUCCACCUUCCUUCGAGGGGGAGGAUGUCGAGCAGACACUGCCUGGGGCAGACCAACAGCAUAACUAAUCCGAAUAUUUUACUCCCACCCUCGCCGAAAAAGACAAGUCCAAGUGGAAGCCACUUUGUUACCCGGUCAUCUUUUUUUUGGGUGUGAGGGUAUGUCCAAAUCGGUGGUUUGUGAAAAUGGGUUACGCCCAAGAUGGUCCAGCAUCCGGAUAUUUAAUUGUAAUCCGCCUUAUAUAAUAUAAUCCGCAUUAUAUAAUUCCUUUUUCUUUUUUCACUUACGAAAUUUAAUACAGAUUAAAAUAGUUCAAACACUU